AUGAGUGCAACGCUCCCCUUCCGGGACAUCAACGUGCACGCAUCCGCUACCUACUAUGCCUUCUCCUCGCCUUCCUCGCCAAACGCGCCAACCUUGGUCAUCGACAGGCCGUCUGGCGAUCUAAGACUCAACGAUGGCAGACUCACGGGCGGCAAUCGAGUCUCCAGCAUCUCCGGCAUUCUGGGCAUCAUCAAACUCCGACUAGAUAGCUAUGUGAUCAUCAUCACCAAAUCCCAACCGGUCGGCCGCAUGAAAGGCCAUCAGAUCUACAAGGUCGUCUCGACAGAGUUCUUACCACUGCGCGAACGCCAAGUCCACGAUCCCGAUGAGGAUACGUACCUUGCAUAUCUGAAGACAUUGCUGAAGACUGGUCCGAUGUACUUUUCUUACUCUUUCGACCUGACCAACAGUUUCCAACGGCAGGCCCGGGGCGACACGAACGAGCCUUUGUGGCAACGCGCAGAUGACCGCUUCUUCUGGAACCGCCACAUUUCAUCCUCCCUCAUGGACUUCCGGACUGGUAGAUCGUCGGGUAGACUGUCAUCAGGACCACAACCGGCCGUGGACCCAUACAUAUUGCCAGCAGUGUAUGGCAUGAUGAGCAUCACCAACACAUCGAUCAAAGGCAAUUUCCUCACCUUCGUGCUUAUCACUCGCCGAUCGAGGCACAGAACUGGCACACGUUACUUGUCGCGCGGUAUCGAUGAGGAAGGUCAUGUCUCGAAUUACAACGAGACAGAACAAGCCAUCAUUCUCAACGACAAUGCAUCGAGUGGUAUGACUAGCUACGCUGGCGAUCAAGGGUACGCGAAGGAGAAACCUGUCAGCGGGCCUGAGACGCAAGUGCUUUCCUAUGUGCAGACUCGUGGCAGUGUUCCAGUCUUCUGGGCUGAGGUGAACACAUUACAUUACACACCGAAACUCCAGAUUCGCGGCGUCGAAGCUGCCGCGAGCGCGGCCAGGAAGCACUUUGACGAGCAGAUUCAGCUGUAUGGCGAGAACUACAUGGUAAAUCUGGUCAACCAAAAAGGACGCGAAAUGCGUGUCAAGGAUGCGUACGAACAACUCGUCAAGAUCCUGCAAUCCGAUCCUCGAGAGACUACAGAGGCAGAUCGCAAGACGAAUGAGAAGUUCAAUGUGAUUGAGCCGGGUGACCAACGCAGCUGGUAUGAUCAUCUGCAUUACGUUUACUUCGACUUUCACAAUGAGACCGAGGGUCUGAAAUGGUACCGGGCACAACUUCUGCUGGAUCAGCUCAAAGAUGGACUUACCGCAGGUGGCUACUUCCAUGGCAUCGACAAGCCUUCGGGAGGCAUCGACAUUCGACGAAAGCAGACUGCCGUCGUUCGAACCAACUGCAUGGACUGUCUCGACCGAACCAAUGUAGUGCAGUCGAUGCUUGGCCGAUGGGCUCUCACACGUAUGUUGGUCGAUCUUGGUGUCUUGCGAUCUGGCGAGACUGCACAAGACGAUCAAACCUUCGAACACUUGUUCCGCAAUGUCUGGGCCGACAACGCAGAUGUAGUGUCCAAGACGUACUCUGGUACAGGCGCCUUGAAGACGGACUUUACGCGUACGGGUAAUCGCACAAGGGCUGGCAUGCUGCAAGAUCUUAGCAACAGCUGUACGCGAUACGUACGGAACAACUUCGCAGAUGGACCUAGACAGGAUGCCUUCGACCUGUUCCUGGGCGCAUACUCCCCAGAGACAGCCGGCAUAGGCUCAGCGCACCAAUUCGCAGACCGGAGACCUCUAAUCGUGCAGGCGGUGCCUUAUGUGCUCGGCUUCUGCGUGUUCUUCGUGGCAGUCAGCGUCAGCACCAAUCGUCUGCCGGAUUCGACAAUAUGGCCGCUACGAAUGUUCACUUUCUUCAGUCUCGCCGUUGCAGGGUACUCGGGCAGGUUCAUGUGGAACUACGGCAGCCUUUACGUCAACUGGCCGAAGCUAAACACGCCUCAGUGGGCAGUUGAGGCGUACCAAGACACCUUGGACAGGGUUGGGAAGGACCCUGUUGUCGGCGCUUUGGUCGGCGCUGGCAGACCAGAUGCUCGUCUUGGUAUUCUCGAAGAGGGUAAGAAGAGGCGCGAGUAG